AGUUCAUGGGCCCUGCAGGGCCUGUGUUUGUGCCACUGAGCCUCCUGAAUUCUUCAGCAUAAAGGAAUGGUUUUGGCCCCCUCCGUCUGCCUAGGAAGGCAGGAGGGUUUGGGCUGGAAAAAUAUUUUCUUUACUCCUUAAGCAAAGACAUUCUGAGCUUGUCUGCAGUGUGUUAAGUUCCUUUAUCUGAAACUCAUGGGAUGCUAACAAAAGCUGCUCCAAGGUGCGCUUUCUGAUCCUGCUGCAGUCAUUCACUGCAGAGUGAGCUAUUUAAGAAAGAAUUGAGCUGCAGGGAGGUGCAAGGCUGUCACUUUAGCAAUUUCAGUGGCACUGUAACCCACCAGAGUAGGGCAAGUCGGCCAGCUGUGAUCCUGACAUUGCUCAAGGCACUGUGCACUCCAGCCUGGAGCUGAAGAAAUCCCAGAGCCACAAAUGCUUGAACACACAUCCGUGGCCUUGGUGUGGAAGUGGUUAAGGUGGUAACCCCCCGCUGUGCACCGGCCUGGUGACCUUUCCUGUCGUUCCACCUACACCCGAGUUGCUGCUGCUUGGAGACGCUCCGCGCAGCACCGAGCAGGGCUGUGUCUGCCCUCACUAGAGCAGGAGGAGCUCCGCAGCCUUCAGCUGAAGGCAGGCCUGGAUCUUUCCCCUUCCUUGAGGCGCUGGUGAACCGCUCCUGCCCUGCUUGGGGGGGGGGGGGCGCUGAGGAGUGGUGUGGGGCAGCCCCAUCCCGAGGCCGUCCCGGUGCUGCCCUGGCCGUUGCAGCCCAGCGGCAGUUGUUGGGGAGUGGCCGCACCAACGGUUCCCUGGGCGACUGCUGCCUGCCCAGGCUGCCCGCAGCCACCGAGCAGUUCCUGCGGAGCCGGGGAGCGACACUGGACCCUGCACAGAGGGGAUCCUGCAGGAGAAGCGCGAUCUCUGAGAUACGGCUACUGUCAAGAUGCUCCAGUCCAUGGGGUCCUCCACAAAGGCUGGUAGAUUCCAGAGCAAAGUGAUGGCACCUCGUAAUCUUGAGCUAGUCAGAGAAUCAGAGGAGUCUGGAACUUUGACUCCCUCUGCCUUCCUGAAGGAGAUGUCUCUCAGCACUGAGGAGAGGCUGGCCAGCACUCGGAAGAUGAGGCGGCCCCAGAUUAUCCAGCUUCAGGACAUGAGUGAAACCUCAGAUGGAAAGUUCUCAGCAGUUGACCUGGACAAGAGCUUGUUUCAGCCUUUCCCGUCAGAGGUGGUGUUUCAGAACUACCUUCCCUGCGAGGUCUGUGAAGUGCCGCUGAUUCUGAGGAACAAAGACAAGGUUCCUCGGUUGGUGAAGCUCGUCUUGGAAAACUCACCUUAUUUCAAGUUGAUCAGCCCCGAUGGUGGGAGCCAUAAGGUAGCACCUGGCAUGUCUUCAACCUUCCGCAUUAUUUUCACCCCUGAGGAGAACAAGGAUUAUUUCCACCAGCUCAUCUGCAUCACAGAAAGGGAGAAGUUUAUUGUGCCUAUUCGAGCAAUAGGUGCCCGAGCCAUCCUGGACUUCCCUGACCAGGUGAACUUCUCAGAGUGUCCAGUCAAGUUCAACACUCAGAAAACUCUCCUGGUGCGCAACAUCGGUAAUCGUAAGGCUCACUACAGCAUCAGCACUCAGAGCCCUUUCUCUGUGGAUCCCUCCAUUGGAACUCUUGGGAUUGGUGAAGUCAUGCAAGUAACAGUGGUGUUUCACCCACUGAAGACUGGUGAUUAUUCCCGAUCCCUGAUAGUUCACUAUGACACAGGUGAAGAUAUUCACACAAGCCUUUAUGGAGCAGCUGUAGAUGUCAACAUCAGGCUAGACAGGAACUCCUUGACAGUUGAGAAGACUUACCUCACGCUGUCAAACCACAGAUCCAUGGUCAUCCACAACCAGAGUGAAAUCAUAGCCCACUUCCAGUGGAAGCCUUUUGUAAACCAAGAAGAGGAGGAUCAGCAGAAGCUGAGGCUGCAGAAGCAGGAAGAGGACAGGAUGGAUUGUGCUCGCAAGGAGGGUGGGGUGGACCCCACUCUCCAAGAGCGCCUUUCUCUUCUCAUCCGCACCUUUGAGAACCAGGUGACAAAGGUUCAGGAAGACUCCAUGCUUUCCUCCAAUGAUGUUUUCACCAUUGAACCGGUGGAGGGAGAUAUCUUGCCAAAUUCUUCACUUGAAAUCAGUGUGAUCUUUAAGCCCAAAGAAGCCAGAGUCUACCAAGAGACAGUCUACUGUGACAUCUCAGGCCGUGAGACAAGGCUGCCUCUGUGCAUCAGCGGGGAAGGCAUCGGACCCCAGCUCCGCUUCAACUUUGACCUGCUAGACAUCGGGCAGGUUUUUGUUGGCUCAGCCCUCAGCUAUGAGGCAAUCCUGCUUAACAAAGGAGCCAUCGAUGCUCCCUUCAGCUUGGUCCUUCCAGCUACAGCUCUGGGCUCCUGCUUCACUUUUACCCCGCAGGAGGGCAUCGUUUUGCUGGGGGGAUACCAAGUCAUCCGGAUCUCCUUCAGACCCACUAUUCUGGGGCAGUUCACAGAAGAAUUCAAGUUUAGCGUGGACAGAUCCUCUGAGCCUGUGGCCUUGACUAUCAGCGGCUGUGUCACUGGACCGACAUUUCAUUUUGAUGUACCUUUCCUCUGCUUUGGUGAUGUCUCCUUUGGCUUUCCUCGCACCCUGUGCUGCCGCCUCACUAACACUUCCCCAGUGCCCUUCAACUUCAACCUUCGCAUUCCUGGGGACGGCUCGGGAGCACCCAGCGUGACCAGUUUUGCUCAGGUGUCAGACAGCACUGGUCCGUCGUGGAGAAAGCCAGCACGAGGUGCCAACAAGCCAGCUGAAUUUACUAUCAGGCCCUUGACAGGGACCAUCUGCUCCAAGGGACACUUGGAUAUCCAGGUUACCCUGUGCUCCAACACCGUGAAGAGAUACAAGCUGGCCCUGGUGGUCGAUGUGGAUGGUGUUGGCAGAGAGGUGUUAUCACUGCCCAUCAGAGCCAGAUGUGGCAUUCCCCCGCUGCGAGUGCUCCACCCGGCUGUGACAUUUGGACGAUGCUCUCUCAAAGUCCCUUAUCAGCAGAUGCUGACCCUUGUGAACGACAGCAACCUGCCAGGCUGCUACUGGGCUCUUCCUCAGGAGAACAAGGAUGCUGCUGCUGUGUGGUACUCCAGCCCUGAGCCCCGUGGGAUUAUCCAGCCUCACAGCUCGGUGGAGAUCCCGUUCACACUGGAAGUCCAGGUGACAGGAGAGCAGGACACCGUUGCUCAUGUUGCGGUGUUUGGGAGUAAAGAAUCCCCACUGAAAAUCCAUUUACUGAGCACUGGCGAAGGACCAGUUGUCCACGUGCACCCAAGUGAGAUAAAUUUUGGCAGCAUCCAAGUUCUACAAGAUGCUUCCCGAAGCCUCCACCUCUGCAAUCAGUCUGUCAUCCCUGCAUCCUUCUCGGCAAAGAUGGCUGGCGAAAACUCGUGCUGGAGUAUUGGACCCAGUCAAGGAGUGAUCCCUGCCAAGGCCGAGGUGUCUGUGGUUGUCACUGCAAAUUUGGAUGACACGGAGCAAUUCAAGGACGAGGUGGUGCUGUUCAUUGAGAACAGUCGUGCCUGCGUCAUCCCCGUCCAGGCUGUUGGCGUUGGCACCACGAUUGUCGUUGACAAACCCUUUGGCCCGGAGCUCAAGCUGGGCCCCUGCUUCAGCCUGGAUCCCUGCUGUUACCGCUUCAAGAUGACAAACAAAGGACAACGCACCCAUCUGCUCUAUUGGACCACAGAAGGUGGCACUACACUUGAGCAGCGCAAGCAUCUCCCUCCCGUCAGGAACACCAAGGGCAAGGUUUCCUCCUGCGGCCCCGUGUUUAAGCUUCAGCCGCUGAGGACGGAGCUGAUGCCUGGCCAGACAGCGGAGAUGGUGCUGGAAGGCUCCUGCGGCACCCCCCAGGUGGUGAAGGAGAAGCUGCUGUGUCACGCCAUCGUGGGCAAGGAGGGAGUGAAGAAUCUGAUCAUGCAGGUGGACGUCACGUGCGAGUUCAUUGCUCCCGCCCUGCAACUAUCCAGCAGAGAAAUCCCUUUCCGGGUGGAGAAGCACCCCGGUGAUGUCCUGACUCUUCAGUACAAGCCUCUCUCUUUAAAGAACAUCUGCUGCCUGCCCCUCACUGUGGUCCUUGCCUUAGAGCAGCCCUUCUCCAUCUGCAGUGCGGACCAGCAGCCUCUCCCUGCAGAUGCUCAGCCCACGAAGCUGAGGAGAGGGGAGGAACUUCAACUCUGCGUCGCAUUUAACCCUGCUUACGAGGAGGACUUGCUUAUCCGGGCAGCAGAGAAGGCUCUGAAGAUCAGGUUCCUGGAGCAUCCUCAUGAAGAGCAGGUCACCGUUCGGGGAGAAGUCUACUUCCCGAAUCUCCAGCUCCAGACCACGGCCCUGGACUUUGGCUGCAUCUUGAAUGACACCAAGGACGUGCGUUACAUGGAGAUGAGCAACUGCAGCCCGCUGGUUGUCCAGUACCACUGGUCAUUCCUGAAGGACAGCCAGGUGAACCCAGUGAGGUUCCUGGAGACAGAGCCCCUCGCCUUGGGUGUGGAGGAGGUUUUCGAUAUCCUGCCGCUGCACGGUGAGCUGCAGCCCGGCCAGAGCCAGCGUGUCACCUUCUCCUUCUUCGGCCACGCCAACACCGUCACCCAGGUCACGGCGCUGUGCAGGGUGGAGGGAGGCCCGAGCUAUGAGGUGGCUCUGCGUGGGGAGGCCUCGCGCAUCAGCUACCUCCUGGACACCACCGAGAUCGACUGCGGGCUGCAGGUGUUUAACAAAGUCACGGAAGCAGCGGUGACCCUGCAGAACAGCGGGAAGCUGGGAUUUGCCUUUGUGGUGCUGAGCCCCGGCACAGGCACUGCAGCCAGCCCUCUGCCUGGCGUGCCCCUGGUCGUGCCCAGCACGGGUUACGUUGAACCUGGCAAGCAGCAAGUGCUCAAAGUCUAUUACCUGCCAGGAGUGCCUGGAGUCUUCUGCAGGGCUUUCCAGAUCCAAGUGGGUCACCUGGAGCCAGAGAAAAUCCCGCUGAAAGGAGAAGGGACCUUUCCCAGGAUCCACUUGGACCUGCCCAGGAACAUCAAAGGCAAUGCCAAAUAUGAGAAGAUCCUCCAAAAGGCCAAAGAAAAGGUGGACAAAGGCAGACAGAGAGAGGAGGCCAUUGCUCUGGGGGAGGCUGUGGCAGGCGAGCCCCGCAUGGACGACUCGGGCACCGUGUGGGAUGCUGAGCUGCAGAUGCAGAUGGAGGAGAUGCUUAUUGAGGAGCAUGCCUUGGAGCAGCAGAAAGCUCUCACGUCCCGUCCUGCGGAGGACACUGCCUUUCACCAGCGUGUACAUCGGAGGCUUCUCAAAGCUGAGCUGCCCGAAUACGUCCUGGACCUUGGCUAUGUCGUUCCCGGUGACAUCCACACACGCAUCGUGAAGGUCACCAACACCGGGCACUUCCCUGCAUCUUUCCAUGCCGAUGGAUAUGUCCUGGAUAACACAGGCUUCAGCGUGUGCCUGGACCGUGUGAAGCGCCUGCCCUCCUGUGAGAGCAAGACAUUUGAAGUGUGCUUCGACCCACAAAGUGCCAGCCGGCCUCUGGGAAAGGUGGAUGUGCUCCUGCCCAUCAAGGUCAGAGGAGGCCCCAUAUCGCAGGUCCGCCUCUGUGCCAUCGUGGCUGAGCCGUCCCUCAGCCUCUCCAGGGACAGGCUGGAGUUCUCCGCUGUCCAGUGUGGGCAGUGCCAGGAAGAAACCAUCCAGCUCCACAACACGUUCCAGGUCCCCUGUCAAUGGUCCAUCAGUGUGAAUGAGCCUGUUAAGGAGGUGAACAAACAUCUGCCGGCGAGCGAGCAUCAGAAGCUGCUCGAGGAGAUGAAGUCCGCGCCCUGUGGCUUCGAGGUGCUGCCAUCAGCUGGAACGCUCGCUCCAGGACAGCAGUGCCGUGUCCAAGUCCGUUUUUCACCCACGGAAGAGAAGUGCUACCGGGGUGAGCUGCAGAUCCAGAUUUGCCAGAGCAGCCAACGCCUCCAGGUGCCGGUCUUGGGACGUGGUGUGGAGCCACGGCUGGAGUUCAGCCCCGCGGAGCUCGAGCUGGGACCGCUGCUGCCACAGAGCCAUGGGGAAGAGGGGACAGUGGUGGUGAAGACCCCCUGUGAGGUUUACUCGCUGGAGUUUGACCAGCAGCGCCUUGCUGAGGAGCAGGUGAGAGGGAAGGUCAGGUCUAAUAUCGCUAGCUAUUUUCUACUAGCUCCUUCCCAGCAACAAAAGCACAAGCUCAAAAUUCCCUGAGGGUAGAGACAGCCUGGACAGGCUUCUCAGUGCCUCAGUUUCCCUCCUUGGGAAAUUUUCCACCUUUGGCAUGUGGCUGUACAAAGUGGUGAAGGGCAAAGAGCAGAUUGCCAGGCUGUGUUCACCCUCUUUUCCCUGUGUUCUUCCUCAGUAAACACUGAAGAUGUGCAGUUCCCAUCAGAUCAAGGAGGAAAACACUCUGCUGGGAUCAUUCACACCAGCUCAACUCAUAGCUCAGUCGUUCCCUUCUCCAUUUUUGAUGAAAGCCAGUCCAACAAGGUGGACUCUAAAUCUGCCUGUGGAGAAGAGGAGGAGGAAGGUGUUGAGAGAAGACACAGGACAGCAGAGCAUUGGCAAAGCACCACCAGCAGCAAGGAGGCCGCAGGAGAACUGGACAACAGCCCUGUCUUUAGGGCCAUCGCCCGUCACCUCGGCAUUGAUAUCUCUGCAGAAGGGUGUGCAGCCCAAAACCAUAGAGGGAUUGUCAUCAUUGUCCAUGGGGCACCCCUAACAGGAAAGACAGCAGCAGCAGUUGCCCUGUCCAAGCGUUACGGUGCUGCCUGCUUGUCCAUUGACGCUGUGGUGAAAGAAGCCAUCUCGAGCAGGAGCAGCUUGGCAGGGCUCCAUGCCCGGGAGCUCUGCAUCAGGGCUGCCAUCGAGCAGAGCCAGCAGGAGACAGAGGGUGCUGGUCAAACUGCAGUGGUGUCCCUCAGUCCGCAGCUACACACUGAGGCCACACACUACCCAGGUGCAAGCCGGUCCAGCUCUGAGGGUAAAUCCAGCCUGCAGCCUAAUGGGCUGAGUUCCCAAGGCCAGUCAAUUACUGCAGUGGGCCAGAAAAAGAUGGAUAGCCACACUUCCCAAUCCCAUCAAUGUGUAACGGAUCCCACCAUCUCCCAGGGCUCAUCCAGUUCUCAUCUCACCUUUUCCCUUCCCUCCAUUGCUAUGCAACGAUGGCUGAGCAUUAAUGGCAGCACAGCGGGAGAGCUGGGCUUCAUGAGCUGCGUGCUUCCUGAGGACUUGCUGGUAGCCAUCCUCUCUGAAAGGCUGCAGUUGAGUGACUGCUACCAGGGAGUGGUGUUUGAUGGCCUGGAGACCCUCUUUGCACACACCAUAGCAUCUGCUCUCCUCUGCCUUCUCAAAGCUGUUGGAAAUUUGCCUCAUAUUUAUUUUGUGAACCUGUUUGAAGAUUAUGCUGCUUUUAAAGCCAGGGAAACAGCUGCAAAAGAGCAGGAAGGACGGGAGCAGGAAGAAGCUGCCAGGAGGGAGAAAGCACGUCUCUGGGAGAUGGAUGAGGAUGAGUAUGAUGCCCUCACUGAGGAGCAGAAAACUCAGUUUAAUAACCAUGUACGACAAGUCCAGCAAGAGAGGAAGAGGAGGGAGAUGGCUCAAGUGCUUGCAAAAAAGCACCAGCAGGAGCUAGAGCACUUGAAGAAAGAAAAAGAGCUGAAAAAGAAGUCUAGGCGGGGGAAGAGGGAGCUUGGAAAAGACAAAGAUAAUGCUUUGGGGAAGAAAAGCCAUUCUGGAGUCGGGCAGAACAUUAAUGUAUCCACUGGCAACACCGAUGCACCCAACAGCAACCAGUUGGAUGUCACGGAGGAGCUGGACAAGAAAGGACCUGUAAAGCAGCACCCAGACUCUGUUGCAGAUGACAAAGAAGAUAAGAAAAAGCAGAGCAAGAUUCCCCUGUCAGAUGUCUGCCCUGUGGUGGCACCAAACCCAGAACAGGAGGAAACCAAAACCAAGACCCAGAGUGACAGCGAAAAGAACUUGGCCCUGAGGUUUAAGAUCUACGAGACAUCACAGAAGGAUGUCACCCAUAUUUUAUCAUCCUGGGACAGGGUUCAGGGUAUCCUGCUGAUCCCUUUGAACGAAGAGGAGAUGCAGCAACAAACAGAACAGUGGCGCCAACAUUUAUCCAGCUACAGGACUCGGAAGAGCAGAGAGAAGGAAGGUCUGAAAAGGCUGGAGAAAGAGCGCCUGGAGAAGGAGCGGCUGGAAAAACUGAAGGCUCUUGAGGACUCAAAGUCAUCUCUGCUGGAAGGGGAAGGUGCAGAAGGGUUAACCAGAGACCAGCAUGUUGGGGUGCCCUGCUUGGACAUCAAGGUGCUGCACUCAGAAGAUGUGACCAGGACAAUCCUGGAGAGCAGCAGGCUGCCAGCAGCAGAGCAGAUCCUGGAUGACCUGGGGCUGGGUCCCUCAGGGCCUCCCAUUCCCCCUACCACUUUGUACUCUGUGAUCCACUACCCGGAGAAGCGGGUAGCCCCCACAGUAGGAGAAGCCCUCAAGCACUUCGUCUUUGCUGUGCCAGAAGGUGCUAUUUCAGAAGAAAAGAAAACUGAAAGUCUCCUCCUGGAUGUUCCUAUUGUGCGCACAGUGAAGACCUCAGAAGAGCAGAUCACCCCCACCAAGAGCCAGUCGAGGAAGGAGAAAGCCGCGGGCAGCCGGGAGGCUGUGAGGGAGAGGCAGGGCUCCAGCCGGGGCAGGAAAGGUGUCCAGGGGCGGGGCACAGCAGCACCUCCCCAUCCCCGCAAGGUGCACCGAAGUGUCAUGGACAUGGUCCCACCCCCAGCAACAUGCGUUAGGAGGCUGAGCAGCUGCCGGUGGAUAGUGCCUGCCCACGGUGAGGUAGAACUGAAAGUCUUCUUCAGCUCCACAGAGGUUGGCCAGUUUGAUCAGGUGCUGCAUUUUGAGAUCCUGGGGACAAACCGACUGUACCAGCUGCACUGCAGGGGCACCUGUCUGUAUCCCACCAUCAGCCAGGACCCACGGGUGGUGUUCCCUCACCAGAGGAAGAGCAAGGCAGAUGAUGACAUCAUCUUCAAGCAGUAUGUCAUGGACACUGGUGUAUUCCACUUUGGACCACUGCGGUGUGGGAAGUCAAGAGAGUGGUACAAGGCAUUGCCCCAUCCUAGCAACUGUGAGAAGAUCACCAUCCUCAACAUCACUGCCUUGGAAGCAGAGGUGCAUUUCUGCUUUGAGCAUGAUCUCAAAGCGGACACAUUCCUUUUAGACCCUCCCAGCAUGAAGCUGAAACCAAAUGAGAAGCAGGAGCUGAGCGUUUGGGCAUACCCCACUUCAGCUGGCCUCAUGGAAGACAAUCUCAUCUGCUCCAUUAAUGGCAACCCAGAGCCAGUGGUGUUCCACCUGUGCUGCCAGGGGGUGCAGGUGGAGCUGAGGGUCAGCCCCAGGCAGUUGCAUUUCGACAGGCUGCUGCUGCACAGGAGGGACAGCAAGACCCUGGUCCUGCAAAACUGCACCCCACUGCCUGUGGCCUGGCGACUCAGUGGGCUGGAGAACCUUGGCAAGGACUUCUCUGUGUCUCAAGCUGAAGGCAUCAUUGGUCCCUGCACGGAGUUUGGCGUGCAUUUAUAUUUUAAGCCUAUGAAGGCUCUCAGCAUUAAGAAGACGAUCCGACUAGAGGUUUCAGACACACAAAACGACCUGGGGGUUGCUCACACUGAAAAUAUCCGAGUCUUUGCAGAGGCCUAUGAUGUUGCUCUGAACAUCAGCAUUUCUAAAGGUACAGAUGGCAGCGUGGAUUUUGGAAUCCUUAAAGUCUUGGAGGGUGCAAAGGAAGUGCUGACUCUGAGGAAUAAAGGGAAGUACGAGAUUGCGUACAGUUUCAAGCUGGAAACCACACAUACCAGCAUACCUGACUUGGCAUCCCACUUCACUGUCCAGCCACAGAGGGGCGUGUUGGCUAGCUCUGAGCACUCUGCGCAGGUCCAGCUGCUCUUCCACCCUAAGACGGAACUUAGCAUUGAGAGCAAACCCAUCCUACAGUGCCAGGUGAUUGAUCCCCACAUCUGUGAAGAAGAUGAGACCAUUGCCAUCAUCCCAGUGAGGGUGUCAGCAAAAGCUGUGUUCAGCAAGUACAGCAUUCGCCCUGCCUCACUCAUCAGCUUUGGUGCCAUGGUGAGUGGCACCAGGAAAACCUGCAGCUUCAUGCUGGAAAACAAAGGCAUCCUUGACUUUAAAUUCUUCAUCUACCAAGAAGACCAGGCUGCCCCUCUGUUGCCAAAGAAAAGUGCACAUCAAAGGAAAUCUGCUCACUCCCAAGAGAGUGAAAAUGGAAAGCCAGUGGUUCUGUCAGCCAAGCCAAGCAAGCACUUGUUGCAAAAGGACCCAAACCCUGUCCCACAGGCUCGUCUCACCAUGGGCAUGUUCACAGUGUACCCAGGCUUUGGCACCAUACCUCCUGGGGGCCAGCAGAUGAUCAUGGUGGAGUGCUGUGCAGAGCCGCUGGGGACAUGCAAGGAGCUCCUGUCCAUCGAUGUCAGUGACAGAGACCCCAUGGAUAAUCCUUUUGGCAUCCCGUAUACCCUGUUUGCUGAGUCCUGCCUCCCAGCAUUUGUGGUCGAUGACAUAGAGUCCAUCUUUGAGGAACAUCGAAUCUGCAGCAACAACAACCUCUGCCACAUCCUACGGACAGUGCAAGACAAGGGCAUCUUCAUCACAGAUGAGAACAAGUUUAUCUUCACCGAUGUUCUUAUUGGGCACCAGGCCACAGCUCGCUUCAAGAUCUGCAAUGUGGGCAAAGUCCCCUGUAACGUCGUCCUAUCCAUCAGACCUCUCUCAAGUAAGCUUAACAGCCGUGUUAGUGACAUUUUCGAGGUGGAUCCUCUUCGAAUGUGUAUUCCCAGCUGCUCCCAUGCCUUUGCUACGGUGGCGUUCACUCCCCAAUCGAUGGAGACGUAUCAGUGCACUUUUGAGGCUUCCCUUGAUGUCCGGGCAAGCCGUGCAGCGAUGAAAGCACAAAGCCUGGUCUUUGAUAUCAGUGGAGAUGGGAAUUUGCCUCGGGUGACAGUCCUGUGCCCAGUCCUUCACAAUAAGAGAGGGAACCCUCUGUUGCUCUUCAAGAAGUUGUUGCUGGGUGAUUCAGAAAAACUCCCUCUAGUCCUUCAUAACAGUGGCAUCAUACCUGUCCAGCUGAUGAUUGACCUGUUGGAUGAAGGGGGAGUUUUCUUCUUGAAAGCCAGGCCCACCACACACUGUAUCUACCAAGCUGCAGACAUGAAGGAGGACUCACCUGAAGAAGGAAGCCUCACACCGCUGCCCUGGUCCUGCAUCAAGGGGAAUCAGCAGAGUUUGAUGUGCUUUUCAAACCCACCCUGGCACAACGUGUGAAAGGGAAGAUCUGCCUGUCAGUGGUGGACAACCCA